AUGGCAGCUUCCUUGAAAAGUACACAUGCUUUGAGCUUCAAAAUUCUAGCAGAAUGCUCUACAACGAAAGCACGCACAGGGAAACUGAAAUUACCUCACCACACGGUUGACACUCCUGUAUUUAUGCCAGUGGGUACACAGGGAACAAUGAAAGGAUUGACAACUAAGCAACUGGAAGAUCUGGAUUGCCAGAUUAUUUUGGGAAAUACCUACCAUUUGGGAAUGAGACCAGGCCAUGAGUUAUUAGAGAAAGUUGGUGGACUUCAUAAAUUCAUGAAUUGGGACAGAGCUUUAUUAACAGACAGUGGAGGUUUUCAAAUGGUCUCUCUUUUAAAGUUAGCUGAAAUAACCGAGGAAGGGGUGAAAUUCCAAUCACCGCAUGACAGUAAAGAAAUGCUUUUAACUCCGGAAAAAUCUAUUGAAAUUCAAAACAGUAUUGGAGCUGAUAUUAUGAUGCAAUUGGACGAUGUUGUACACAGCACAACGACCGGACCAAGAGUUGAAGAAGCAAUGUACAGAUCAAUCCGCUGGCUGGAUCGAUGUAUCUCUGCAAAUAAACGACCAACAGAACAAAACUUGUUUCCAAUUGUUCAAGGUGGACUUCAACCAGAACUUAGAAAAAUAUGUGCGACAGAAAUGGUGAAAAGAGAUACUGCCGGGUACGCGAUUGGAGGACUUAGUGGAGGUGAAGAAAAAGACCAUUUCUGGCGGAUGGUCAAAUUAUCCACUGAUAUAUUACCGAGGGAUAAACCAAGAUAUUUAAUGGGAGUUGGAUAUGCAGUUGAUCUGGUAGUUUGUUCGGCUCUUGGCUGUGAUAUGUAUGACUGUGUGUUUCCUACAAGAACAGCUCGCUUUGGUUGUGCGUUACUUCGAACUGGUCAGAUCAAUAUAAAAAGUAAACAGUUUGCCAAAGAUUACCGACCUAUUGACGACACGUGUAAAUGUUCCACUUGUGCCAGGUAUACCCGGGCUUAUAUCAAUUCUAUUCCAAACUAUGAGACUGUAGGAUGUCAUCUUUUAACCAUUCAUAACAUAGCAUUUCAGAUGAGUUUAAUGCGGAGUAUACGAGCAAGUAUCGUAGAAGAUAGGUUUCCCCAAUUUAUAAAAAGCUUCAUGAAGACUGUGUAUCCAGACGAAGACUAUCCAACCUGGGUCAGAGAAUCGCUAGCUUCUGUCGAUGUACAUUUAUCUCAACAAUAAAAACUUGUAGCUUGAAUAUUUGAAAGAAUUUUAAAAAUUAAAAUAAUAGUAAUAAAAUUAUAUUUAGUGGAUUUGACU